AAAAAACAGAUCUCGUUUAAGUCUCGUGUAGAAUCUUUGGAGGACAUUCCAAAGUCAUAGAUACAACAACAUUAAUUUCUUGGACAUUCAUAGCAUCAUGGCAGAGUCCAAACCAAGAAUACCUGGCACAGCCCAGCAUUUUUUAGAGUGCGGCAUUGAAGACUGUGAAAGAAACUGUGAAUUUUACUGCAAUUCUUGCCACCAACCAAUGUGUAAACAAUGUAGAUAUGAACAUCUUAAUAAUCCAAAAACAAAAAACCAUGAAGUGGUCCUAUACCAAUUACGAAAACGUCAACUUCCUGUGAAGAAAUGUGAGAUCCACCCCACCAAGGAUAUAGAUCUUCUCUGUGAAGAAUGUAAAAUUCCUUUAUGUUCCAAGAGUGCCGCCACUCCAGAACACAGAGGCCAUUCCUUCACUGAUUUAGAGACUAUCUAUGCUGAGAAGUUCUCAUUCUGUCUAGAGGAAAUUACCAAACUGCAGGAGUAUUUUUUGCCAACUUCACAAGACAUACAAAAAGAAAUUAAAGAAGAUGCCACAGAAAUCAAGAAGAUCAUGGACAAUAUAAGAACCUCCAUGAAGGCUGAAGCUGAGUCCCUGAAAAGUUUGGUGGAUAAAGUGCAAUCAGAGAACAUGAAACAGCUAGACCAGAUAGAGCACUCACUGCUAGAAGAUUUAAAAACCCAGGAAAAAACAUUUGAUGAAUACACCAUUCACCUCAACAAUCUAAUUAAAGAGUUCCAAGAUUUCCUCUCCUCACCAGAUCCCACAAAAUUAACAUUGACGCUCUAUUUGGUAGAUAUGAAAAUCCAACCAAUACCGGAGACGACAAAACCAGUCCCACCAGUAUUCACUGCUGGUCAAUACAGCAAAGAGGAUGUUGCCAAAUUACUGGGUAAAAUAAGUAUUCCAGAGAUAAAACCAGAACCAAGGAAAAUAAAGCCAAUGGAAAUUCCAUCUCUCCCAACACCAAAGAAACCUACAAGUAAACAGUUAAAAUCUGACAAAGGGAAAUCUAAUGUGAAACAAACACUGUCUCUAUCUUCCUCUGUCACAGAGGUCAGGGAGUUCACUGUACCAGGUGUUGACAAUGUGUGGCAUUUGUCACUAGAUCAGUCAGGCAGACUCUGGGUCAGUGAUGAUGUUGGUAACCUUGUCCAGACAGAUCUUCAAGGGAAUCUAUUACAGAAGAUACAAACCAGUGCUGGACCUGGUUACCACACAGUGACACAGGAGGGAGAUCUGAUCUUAACAGACUUUGACAAGAAAGUCAUCAAUAGGAUAACACUGGAUAACAAUAUCACAAAAUUCAUUAAAACAGGAGACUGGGUACCACUCAGCAUACACUCCUCCUACAUCAAUGGGGACUUACUGGCGGGAAUGGAGACAGAUGAAGAGGUUAAAAUCACCAGGUACAACAAGACAGGGAAAGAACUACAGAACAUACACAGGGAUAACAAAGGACAGGAACUGUAUAAUGCACCAUACUACAUAACAGAAAACAUCAAUGGAGAUAUCUGUACAUCAGACAAUGAUAAAAAGGCAGUAGUGGUGGUGAAUAAAUCAGGACAACACAGGUUCUCCUACACAGGUCAGGGGUCAGGGUUCUCUCCCUUUGGAAUAUGUACUGAUGUCCUUGGUAACAUUCUGGUGUGUGAUCUGUGCAAUGUUCACCUCUUUGAUCAGGAUGGUCAGUUCUUAUCUCUACUAAUCACACCAGAAAGAAGGAUUAAUCCCACCUCUGCAUGUGUGGAUGAUGAGAACAAUCUUUAUGUGGGAGAUUUCAGUACCAAAGUCACAGUUUGCAAGUAUCUUAAGUGAUUUGUAUUCUUAAAUCUAACAAACAUGUACAUAUCAUUAUUUAAACAUCAAUAAACAGAAUUAAUUGUAAAUUUAUCACAGAUUUAAUUUUGCAUAUCUUGUGAUGCAACAGAAUAAUCAGAUAUAUGUUUAAGAUUAAUAGAUAACUAAGUGUGGCAUAAGAUUCCACCUCCAGGAGAACAUGUCAAAAUUUCCUGUUACUGAUUUAAAA